CAUAAAAAAUAAACAAACACAACCAAACGCAAACCACUUCUCUCUCUCUUACACCAAAAAUAUUAUUAUUUUUUCCAAAAAACAAAUAGUUUAAUCCACUGACUGUCAAUUUCAAUUUCAAAGUUUUAAACUUUUCAACUUGUCUCACGAUUACUUCCAUUUAACUAUCAAAAAGCUAAAUCUCUCUCUUUGAUUCUGUUUUGUGCUACUUUCCCUUGACUUUGUGCCCUCAGAAACUAUAAACAGGUACUGUGAUUGGAGAGAUGCCUUCAGCUGUCUCGCCUCAGUGGCAGGAGAAGGCUACUGGUUUCUUUUCUACCUCUGGGGUGAAGCUUAAAGAAGCUGGACAAUCGGCUGGAACAUUUGUCGGAGAGGUUGCAAAGGAUGCCAAAGGUAAUGUUGCUGAUGUAGCAGAAAAGGUUGGAUCAGCAGUCAAAACUCGAUGGGCAAUUCUUAGGGAGCCAUCGACUAGGCAUGCUAUGCAGGAACGUCUUAUAACUGCUGCUGCUACAACUGGUAUGUUCUUCAGGAAGGGAAUCUCAGAGACAAAGGACAAGGUUACUGUUGGGAAGACAAAAGUGGAAGAGGUGGCAAAAAAGACUGCUCAGAAAAGUAAGACAAUAUUGACUGACAUUGAACGAUGGCAAAAGGGAGUUGCAAGCACUGACGUAUUUGGAGUUCCAAUUGAAGUUACUGUUCAACGACAAGAAUUCAGCAAGCUUGUUCCACAUAUAUUGGUCAAAUGUGCAGAUUAUCUCAUAUUAUCAGGAUUGAACUCAGUGGACUUGUUUAAAGCUGAAGGGGAUAAAAAGGUUAUUCAGCAAUUAGUAUCCUUGUACAACCAAGACUCCAAUGCAUCAUUGCCAGAGGGUCUAAAUCCAAUUGAUGUGGCAUUUCUGGCCAAAUGCUAUCUUGCAAGCCUUCCUGAACCCCUAACCACAUUUGAACUUUAUGAUGAGAUCAAAGGUGCCCGUUCUAGCAUCCAUGUAAUGAAAAACAUCCUGAAGAAACUUCCUGCUGUAAACUACAUGACUCUGGAGUUCAUCACUGCACUACUGCUCCGUGUUAGCCAGAAGUCACUUCUUAACAAGAUGGAUGCCCGGGCCAUUGCCACAGAAAUGGCCCCUGUUAUUAUGUGGCAGAAAGAAAGGAAGCCAGAAACUUACAGGUCAUAUUGGAAUAAUUUGUCAAGAAGUCCUUCCAAGAAGAAUAUGGAUCCAGCUCCUACUUACAGUGCAUGGGACAUGCUUUCAGAAGAAAGCGAAGACAUGGAUGCAUCCUCACUCAUUCCCCUGGAUGAUGCAAUGCCAACGGACUUCGGUGCUAUUGACAUUGUUCAGUGUCUCAUAGAACAGCACAAUGCAAUCUUUACUGAUGCAAAUGAGACUGUUUGGAGAUGAAUAAGUGUCCCGGGCUGGAAUCAACCGAGAAUCCAUCCUGUUAAACAUAGCAAUUGAUUACUCGUGAAGAUGGAAUUCUGAAUUUGACCUGGAUAAGCCAUUGCUCGAUAGCAGAUAUUAUGGUUUUAGCCAAAUCUGAGACUGUUGGACGUGGUUCUGUAAAUUUUAGUGAUUAGCAAGUUACUAUAUUCUGAUUUGUUUGUCUUCGGAAGUGCUCAAAUUUUGCCCUAAACAUGAUUGUUCUAUGAAAAUCAGGACAAUAAGAUGUGUAAUAUUGUAAUCA